GCUUAGAGCACGAGGCUUAGAGCAAACGACACAGUCGGCUUGAGGAGACGACACAGUCGGCUUUAAUGUAAAGAGCCGUGUCCAUAAUGAGAUUAGAGAUGACGCUGCAAUGAACAAGAGAUACCUUUCAUGACUCGUCGGAGUAAUUGCGGUUUGGCGUGGUGUGAUGCUCGGUGCACGCGCUAGUAUAUGCAAGCAAACUUCAGUUACAAUACCGUAACCGACCUGAUCCUAUCAUGUCCAAAGUCCUCUAAGCGAACGACUCCUCAAGCAGACUAUUCACACCAGGGUCCUAAUCGUGGGUGACUAAGAGGCCUUAGCGUCGUGCCUCCAAUCAGCCAGACACGGCCAUGGAUCGUAACACUCUCCCACCACCAACCAUGGAUUUAUCCGCAAUCGUGAACCAAGACGAGGGGCUGGUGCUACCGCGCCGCUCCAGCUCCAUUGCACACGCCAUCACGCAGCCGAGUCCCGUCUCCGCAUCGUCGAAGAUGGCUACGCCCACGCCGAGAGCCAUGGCACUGAAGCGCAAGCGACACGAGCCCAAGCCGAUAUGGGCGUACCGAGAGAAGGAGGAGCUUUCAGAGGAACUCCAGCGGUUGCAGGAGCAACAGCGCCAGCAGGCUCGACCACCUCCGCCGCCUGUACAGCCUCCGGCGCAACGCCAGGCUCCCGCGCAUCGCCCCGGGCCACCGCCCGCAGGCGCCGCUGCCGCAGCGAACAGUGCUCACGAGCUCAGCGGGUACGAGAGGCCUGUCUCGGACGACGCGCAGGUCUACGACGACGUCACGCGCAAGGUGUGCGACUUCAUCUGGACCACGGCCGUCAACAACGAUCUCGUGCGCAAGGCGAUUCAGGAGUCCCCACAUACACAGCUCGAAGUGGAGGCGCGCUGGGGCCAGAUAAUCGACAAGCACCGCGGGUCUGCUGGGGAACGCCUGCGCGGCGUUCACGACACGGAAUGCGUGGUCCGCAAGACGGACGUCCUGGACAUCAAGUUUGAGAGCACCAUGACAAUGGAGCAGCACAAGCGCAUGAACAAGUAUCUGAAUGGGCAGGUUCAGAGCUCGGUGCCUGCCUCUGGAAAUCAGCGCCCGGAGGUCAAGUACCACCACACCAAAGAGAUUGAUCAGUUCUACGAUCUGGGACAGACAGGGUUCGACAAACUGCCUCCCACGGUGCGAGUAAUGAUUGCGCAAUCAGGCAAGGCGGAGAGGGUCCGCGUGUCGGUCGAUGCAAAGACGGGCCAUGUCAUCCGCAAGAUGAUCAAGCUCCGCAUUGCCAACCUCGAAAUCAGCUCCCCCCAGACCGAGUGGGACUACCGUAUUGGCAUCAAUCUCGAAAUCAACUACCCCGGAGCUGUCGAGGAACUGGAACCAAGUAUCGAGAAAGGAAAGACGCUGCGGGACAUGCAGCGCCAGAAGGACCGCAUGUCAUACUCGUGGCUUGGUGCAUAUCAGAUCGAUCUGACACAGGUUGUGCAAGGGCCGGCCAAGAACCACGAGCUCGAGCUGGAACUCGACUCGCAGGUGCUGAUGAGUGAAGCCGAUAAGGUGCGCAGGAGGGAGGGGAGCGGCUUUGAGUCUCUGAUCAACGGCAUGCUCAACAAUCUCCGCGUGCUGUCGCGAGAGAUUACUCCGCAGGGCCCGACAUGACAGCGACGGACAUGAUGUACUACUAUAGCGAAAGGGCGGAGUCGACGCGUUGAACAUGAUACCCAUUUUGAUUGCAGCAUUCAGCCGCAGUCUACACCUCAGCUGUGCUCGCCUCCCGUCUGCUUUGUGCUGUGGAACGUGAAACGUGAAACGUGGAGC